AUUUGGGGCUACGCAGCAUGGCCAGUUCACCAUCAUGGACAAGACAUCCGAUAAACCAAGGUAUCCGCUGCAUACGCUGUUAAUUGUGAAAAAUUGUUUGUACAACGAUAAUAAUUUUUUUUUUUAGCGAAUGGCAACCAUCAUUUUGGAAACAGCGCCGAAACCAAGUGGCGUUCCUCGCGUUUUUUGGAUUUUUCAACGUGUUCUUGCUCCGAGUAAAUCUAAGCGUCUCGAUCGUAGCCAUGUCUACGGCCCUGGACUUGGGAACGGUAAGUCAUGUAAUCGCAAUAAAAAAACAAAAAUUGGAAUAAGAUAUAUUGUUAUUGAAUAAUAUCUGUAUGCAAAGAUAAAUCAUUGCCAUCGAAAUAUGAUUCUGAGCAAAGCUCGGUUAAAUAUGUUUGGAAAUGAUCUUUAUGAUUUUUAUCAAAAUUUGAAAAUAAAGAAUAUUAUAAAAAAAAAAAAUUAUAUUUGAUACGUUCAACUUUUUUUUAUCGACCCCAAGGUACAACUUCUGAUAAAACUCGUAUAAAAUGAUCAAGCAUUUAUAUACGAUCAAAAUAAUUAUAUCUUCAUAAUAUCAAAUAAAAAAUAAAAAACUCGGAAAUAACAAAUACCUGUAAAUACCUCAAAAAUCGACAGAAUAUUUAGAACAUUUUUUCUAAGAAAAUCAGAUUUUUACGAUUAUUUUUAACCAAAUUCCAAAAAAAAAAAAAAAAAAAACCAAAUUGAAAAUAAUAAACUGGACAUUUACUCGUUUUUGCUAUAAUUUUCUUAGUAAUUAAGGAAACUAAAAGAACAAAGAAUGACGUUCUCAAAACCUCAACUAAACCAAUUUUGUUUUCAGAAAAGACGCUUCACUUGAUAAUCGGGUUACGAUUUCUGAUUGAAAAGUUGCUCACAUACACAGAAACACCGUGCUCAGAUUCAGUAUUACUUAUACGAUUGACGAAAGUACAAUCUAUAAAUAAACACACACAAACCAUAACCAUAAGAGUUAUAGGCUUCCACUCCCCUACCCUUCAAAAGAAAUGCGUGUAUAAUUUUAGCCGUACAAGGGUUUAUCGAUGAGUUUUCCUAUUUGAUCGAAAUAAAGAUAAAUAUUCAAAAUGUUGAUAAUACACGAUUACGACGGGAACAAUCAUUGGUUCGAUUAAUGAUUGGCUACUUUAUAUGGGCACUGUGCCAUAAUAUAUUAUGACGGCACAUAAUAAUUAUUAUUUGUUGUAUAUCAACAGACGAACGAAUUCGACUGGAGCAUGGAACUCCGUGGCGCAAUCUUGAGUUCGUUUUUUUACGGAUAUUUCUUUACGCAAAUUAUUGGCGGCGUGUUGGGCGCCAAAUUUGGAGGCGUUCGGCUCAUCGGCAUCAGUAUUUUCAUCACCGGAUUUUUGACGGUCCUUACUCCUGUGGCCGCCAGAUUUUCUGUCUUUCUGGUCAUCGGACUUAGAGCGAUUGAAGGGAUUUUCGAGGUACAUACAGAAAAUAUAUAUAUAAUAAAAUAAUAAUAUAUAAAGGAUUUGCUCAUAUAUUAUAAAUGAUAAACAAAAUAAAAUUGAUUUCUAGGGAAUGACGUACCCGGCCAUAUACGCCGUCUGGUCGAGAUGGGCACCGCCCGACGAAUGCACGCGAUUGGGAUCGUUUGCCCUCUCUGGCAGUUAUCUGGGCACCGUUGUCGGUUAUCCGAUGUGUGGCUGGUUGGCAGAAAAUUUCGGAUGGCCGUCUACGUUUUACGUGCCAGGUAUGGAGUUUUCACAAACAUUCGUGUUUUCAGCAAAUCCUUUAUUAUAAGUACGUAUGCAUCUCGCAAAGUGUGCCGUUGUCACAAAUGCAUUUUACCACAGAGAUUUUUUUUCUUAGGGGAAAGGGUGGUUAAUUUCGCGAAGAAAAAUUUUGCCAACGGUAAAAUUCGAAUUUAACCCUCUCUUAAUUUCUACCUCGAGAGGGGUAAAAUUGUACGAUGUAAAACUAGGCGUAACUAGAUCACUAACUUUGAGGGCCUUAAAAUUAUAAACACAUUAAAAGAUCCGUGAAGCGAGAACUUAAAAGGCACUUAUUCCCGCUAUACCACCAAAUUUUAGUACUCAACAAAGCCGGGGCAAGUUAGUUAUUUUUUCAACUAGUUAAAGUUAAUUUAGUUUAAUAUAUAAUCUAACUAAGUUAGAAUAUAAGUUAGUUAGGUGAAAAUAGUAACUUAAGUUAUAGAAUAGAAGUUAGAAGUUAGUUUUUUUUUUUUAAAUAUAAAUUGAAAAACCAGCUCAAAUGUAAAGUAUUGUGUAAAUUAAUUAUUAAGUAGGUAAUUAGUUUAAAUUAUUGGUGAAGAUUGAAAAAUUAAACCGAACUGAUCAAAAGUUUCAAGUAGGUAGGCAAUAACUUUAAUUUCUUGAAAAUUAAUUGGUUGAUAAUAUCAGUUAUUAGAACAUAGAAAUUUUAACAAAAUAAGAAAUAUACUAACAGUGUUAUACUAUAUUUGUCUUUAUUGAUAAAAUCAUAAUAAUAUAAAUAUAAGCAAAUAAACAAUCAUGAUAGGAUGAAGUAUAAAUGUAUGAUACAUGAUAUUAAUAUAAUUAUAUUAUAGCAUAAUAUUACCUAUAUUUCAUGUAUUAGUUAUAUUAAAUAGUUUUAUUAUAAAAAUAGGCGUCGAACAUAAUAUUAGUCUAUAGGCUAUAGGCUAUAUGUCUAUAAUGCGUUGUGGUUACCGUGUAUUACCAAUUACCGUAGACCACUGAGAUAUGAAAACUAAGGUUUAUAGAAUACAGAGGUUGUCUCAUAAUCAUAUAAACAAAGCAAGUCCUCCGCAACGCCUAUAACGUUCGUGACGUCACCGGCUGUACACAUUUUUAUGGCGGCAACGGGCCUACUAUACGUAAUACAUCUAUAGUGUUGCAGCAUGCCACUCUAUAGAUAUUAUUCCACUGCAAUAAAAUAUAAGUUUUCAUCAUAAUAAAAAAAAUAAAAAACUAUGUAUCUAUUUAGUAUAAAUAGCAGGUACAAAUAAAUGAUUUUCUGAAUAUAAUAGGGAUUUGAGAUUUAAAACAAAUACUACACACAGAUAAACAUAUGAAGAUAUUCAUAUCUACAUUCAGAGAUGGAGCCCUCCCCAAACAUUAUUUUUAUAUACUUUUUACUCUUCUAUGUUAAUUAAAUAUUAAUAAACUUUACUUAAUAAACGAUUUACAAAACAUUAAAAUAAUUAAAUUUGGUAGAUAAAUUAGUAUUUUCAAAUUGUUGACUAACGUCCUGCAGUAUUCAAAAACUACAAUUUGUACUGUAUUACUUUAAAUUCCUGUGUUUUUAAUUUGAUGUUACAGUUUAUUAAAGAUCACUUUUAACAAAUAAUAAUUGUAUGGAUGUUAAUACACCUUAAGAUUUUUUAAUUUCCAUACUAAAAAAUAAGUUAGUAGAUUCUGUGUGUAUGUAAAUGUAUACUAAAUAUUUUAUCACCAAUUUAAAAAUUCAUGAAAAUAGGUACAAGUUUGCUCUUACCAUUAUGGUUUAUAUAUCUACAACAGCUAUGUGUAUGCAGUAUACAGUAAUACAUAUUUAUUAUAAAAAUAUAAAAAUACAAAUACAUAAAAUGUAUAUAAAUUUAUAUUUAAAUUACAUAAAAUACAAUAAAACAGGUACAUUUAUAAUAAACAUAUUAAAUCAAAUUUUAAAUCAUAACUUUUUUAAUUUUGAAAAAUUUUGUAAUUGUAUUUUAGCCUUAAUUUUAAUUUUAAAUAACAACGUAUUUCGGAUAAAAUUUGUCAUACGGAUUAGUAUUCGCUGUUUACUAUAUGUUUGUAUUAAAGGUUUCCAUUUCUCUUCAGAGUCCAUUCUACACACAAUUUUAUUUGUUAACAGCUUCACAAUGUUUGGCCCUUUAGGAAAUGUCUUCUUAGUAAAUUUGUUAAACAACCGCUCAACUCGAAAAAUUAUCUUUUUAAAUUCAGAGGCAUUAUUAACCCAACAUAUGAAACAUGGUUGAUCCAUGAUUCCAUAAUCAUGGCCGAGCGUAUUUAAAAUAUUAUUAUUAUUCACUUAAGCUGUAGUACUGCCAAUUUCUGGUAUAUUCGAUAAUAUAACUCGAUAAUAAGAAUAACUCAAACUAAUUUUACAGAAGCGUGUAUGUUGUAUCAUACAAACAAAAGUAAGUAUAGGACGGGUGACGUCACGAUCUAUUUUGCCCCCACUACUGAAAUUUCACAUUAUCGAGUUGAGACAAUCUUUAUAUUCUUUAAACCUCGUAUAAAAACAACUAAAAUAUAGCCGACUAUAAUUUUUUAUCAUAAAAUUGAAAAUACUCAAUAUUUUACAGAAAAAAUUUGGAUUUUUGAAAUGGAAAAAAAAAACAAAAAUAAGUAGUUUAUUUUUGUUUUUAACGAGUUAGAUUAGAAUAUUUUCCACAUUCAAUUAGUUAAGUUAAAAAGUUAUUAUGAAUAAAAAUUAACUAGUCAGUGCACAGCUUUGGUACUCAAUUAGUGCUUUCAGAAUAUACAGACCCAUGGGAGCUAUGAUAUUAUUCCUUUUACACGACUCUUACAAUAGUCAACUUUACCUUUUAUUUACAAUUUUGUAUAUUAUACAAAUGUAUAAUCAUUAUUUUACCAUUAUUAUUCAAACGGUUAUUAAUAUUAUAUGAUUGUUUAUACAAUUCACCUGUUGCACUUGUUAAAAUAUAUUAAUUAUAUGAAUAAGUAAAAAAAAGUUCACGUUUUCAGAUUAUACAUUAAUUAUCUACCCAUAUAUACCCAGGUGCUUGUACAAGGGGGGUAGGAGUUUAAUCCCAUCUCCGAAAUUUUAUAAAAAGUAUGAUGAAAGUAGAUUUUAAAUAGAGCCUCAAAAGUGGUGUCUGUCAAUGAAGAAUAUUAAUACAAUUUUGGUUUUAUUUUAAUAUUAUUAGUAGAUAGUAGGUAUUUUUAUUGUUGUCGUGUUUAUUUUUUUGUGGUUUUCCUGCUUUUAGAAAAUUAUAAUUGAUAUGGCGAUAUUGCAUAGUUCCCAUUAUAUAUAAUAAUAUGAAUUACGUUAUCAUUUAGGCUGUAUUCACUAAAAAAAUAUUAAAUGUAAAAUGUAGUAAUAAAUACCUAAAAGGCUAAAAAUGUAUGUUAUAAAAUAUUGACAUUUUCAAUGUAAAAUAAAUAAUUCUAUAAUUGAAAGUAUGUAAACUUUUUUUUAUAAGAGUAUGAAAUCGUACAACCUUAAGCUAUAACCUUACAACCUUAUUAUUUUGUUACUCACCUAUAUGUACCUAUACUUACCGCGUAGGUUGUAUAUCCAUCAUGUGGUGUGUCAUUUGGCUGACGUGCGUGGCCGAAUCGCCAAUCAACGACAAAUUCAUCACCAAACAAGAGCUCAAGUAUAUCGUCGAUUCGAUUGGUCCCACUAGUGAUAAAAAAAGUAAAUAUUACUUUAUAACUAAUAUAACUUUGAAUGUUUACGGUUAAUUACUUGAUGCAUUAAAAUUUGGUGAUUUUUAUGCGGUUUAAAGUAUCUUUAGCCUUUGGUUAUAUAAUUUAAUAAUGAUAAUAAUAAUAAUCGUAUUAUUAAAAUGUUGUUUUAUUUUCAAAUACAAUUUGUAUAUAAUAUUUUUUAUAUUCUAUUUUAGACUGCAUUUCGAAGUAUCCAUGGAAAGAUAUAUUCACAUCGAUGCCGGUGUGGGCCAUAGCGUGCGCCCAUUUUUGUGAAAACUGGGGAUUUUAUACGUUACUUACGCAAUUACCGAGUUACAUGAGCGGUAUUAUAUUACCGCCAAAGCUUAAAAUCUGAAAUUACUGUGAAAAUACAAUUAUUUUUCUUUUUUUUCUGCUUUAAGAGGUAUUGAAGUUUAACAUCGAAAAAGGAAGUCUAUUGUCUGCAACACCGUACUUGGUCAUGACCAUCAUAUUACAAACCACCGGAUUUUUUGCCGAUUGGCUUAGAAAAAAAAACGUCUUGACAAACACACAAGUAUACUGCACGAUCACACACAUUUAAUAUAUAUUAAUAUUUGGCCCUUCAAAUUGUUUACAUAGAUUAGAAAGUUUUUCAAUUGUAGCGCUUUCCUGAGCCAAGCCGUUUUCAUGUUUUUGGUGGGAAAUUCCAAAAACAGUGUUGAAUCGAUAAUUUGCCUGACCCUUGGAGUCGGCCUAGGCGCCUUUGCUAUUCCCGGUUUUAUGUAAUUUGUUAAUUUUUGCAUUGUUAUUACUAAUACGAUUAUGGCAGUAAUCGAGUAUUUGAUUGGUCAGCAAUUUGUUUAUAUAGGGUAAACCCUUUGGAUAUAGCGCCGCAGUACGCCAGCAUCGUGCUGGGUAUUUCCAACACGAUCGCAACGAUACCCGGUAUAAUAAGUCCUAUGCUGACCGGAUUUAUUGUCAAGAAUAAAGUAGAUAUUCCGAUUAUAAUUUUUGUUUUAUAAAUUAUUUUCACCCGUUCUCAUAAUUGACAUGUAUUGACACGUUUUCAGACCGCAGAGGAAUGGAAAUUGGUGUUUUUGAUUUCUAGUGGUUUGUACCUAUUCGGGGCGAUAUUUUACGCGAUAUUCGCGUCCGGCGAACGACAAACGUGGGCAAUUAUAGUAAAAGCUGAUGAAAACAACGGCGUCGACGGUAGUCACGACAACAAGACGUUUGCCAUGAAAACAUCAUAAUUCACAAAUAUUACAUUAAACGAUAUCGCCGUAAUCACAACGUGUGUUGUGUAUACCAUUGAAGUUUAAAAAAAAAAUAUAUACAAAAAUAGGUGUAAAUAUAUUUUGUUUAAGAAUAAGAGACUAUUAGCAACGUUCUUUAUUACAGACCAAUUGGGUGUUUACACAAAUCGGAUUGAACGAUCUCGAAAUCAUAUUUUCUAUACUACGCGUAUAACAUUCUGUACAUCUCGUUUUAUUAUUAAUUUAUAAUGUAUUAAUAAUAAUAUAUUCUGUGAAAUAUAAACACAAUUUUGUAAAUGUAAUUUGGUAAAAUCAUGCUGGUAUUUAAGAUACUAAUUUAAUAUUAUACUGGUGCUAAGCAGUAUCGUAUUUUGUAAAUCAACAUUUUUCCGUAUCCAAUAACUGCUGAAAAACUAAAUUUCUACGUAGAUAAUCAAUAAAAAAAUGUUAUACAUUUGAAUUUAGACUCCGUUCAGAAUCAUUUUGUUGUUUGAGUUGAUUUAUCGGAACAUAGAUCUAAAAACUAAAUUACGGUUUAUAUUGGUUUAUACGCUAAUUUUCGUAGAUACGUACAUUAUUUUGCUAAUUUCAUUAUUUUGAAACUGCGUCAUCACUG